UUUCAUCCUCCCUGCGCAGUUUGGCAGAGGUACACUUGUGAACCCGCCCCGCGUCGCAUACACAGGCUCCUUUGUGCUUCGUUUCAUCAAGCCGCCAGAGGUCCAGUUCCUCCUCCACGCGCGCCUUGCACCCACCUGCUCUACCCGCCGAGUACGCGUCGCCGACCUUUCUCUACGAGCGCACACGCAAUCGAGCUCUCCCCUGCAGGGCAACAUCUCUCAUAGCAGAAACUUUGGUCCGGGGAGUGUCUCAGGCACGCCCACACCAUGACGGAAAGCGUAGCGUCGCCGCGCAGGCCGUCACCGCAGCAUGCGCUGCCGUCGCCGCAACAACAGCAACCGCAAUACCCCCCCGUCAGCCAAACUCUACCCCCCAUCAGUAGCCUCACCAAUGGCAUCCGUCCGCCUUCACACCAACGCUCCCCCGAGGAGCUCUCGGCCUCCGACUCGGCAAGGGACUCGGGAACAUGGCCGCAGUCACAGAGUAAGCACACCUCAGCGGGUAGCGGUCUGCACGUGCACACUCUUCUGAACCACGACGACUCUCCUCCCCGGAACUCCAUCCCAUCAACACCGCUGUCUGGGCGGAUACAAAGUGGCGCUUCCUUUGGCUCGCAAGGGUUGCCCUCCAUCAACCAAGGCUUUCAACAAGAACCACCGACCAACCGCGAUAGCCAGGCCUCCUGGGACUCGCGGCGGAGCAGUGUCGAUAGCCGCAUGCACCAGGGGCUCAGUGGCCUCUACAUCAACAAUCCACAGUCGCCGUAUGAAAGCGCAAACACAUCACAAGUCUCAUUGGCGGCUAGUCUGCGCCGGCCAAAUGGACAGGGACCAAUGUCACCGCUCAGCUCACGACCUGGCGUGCGGCCGCGGAUUGCCCCCCCUAUCAUACCCGUGGGCCGGACGGCUGGUCAACCCGAUCCCACCGCAGCAAAGCCCACGCAAGGUUAUGCCUGGGCCUUUCCCGACGGACCCAUUCCCGAGGAACGGCGGGACUCUGACAGCAGCGAAUCCACCAAUGUCGUUUCCCGAAACAAUAGUAUCGCGGCCUCGUCGAUCCGAAGCAGCAUCUUCUCGGCGGACUCGCGGAUGCCUGCAGGCCAAAGGCGGCUCGAUGACGAUCAAGCGAGCGCACAUCAACACUCGAUGCAGCAUCGCUCAAUACAGGACCUGCAGCAAGAGAAUGGAUCUGCCCUGGGCACAUACAGUCGAACGCCGGAGUUGCGGGUAAGCCACAAGCUGGCGGAACGCAAACGACGAAGCGAGAUGAAGGAUCUUUUCGAGGACCUCAACAAGGCCGUCCCAACCAGUGGCGGGGCCAAGGCCAGCAAAUGGGAGAUUCUCUCCAAAGCAAUCGAUCAUAUUCGCAACACGCAACAUACCGAACGCCACCUCGGGAACGAAGUCGCGCGCCUCCAGCGCGAGGUCGAGUACUCGCGCGAAGCGCAGAAGGAGAAUGAGCUGCUCAAGACCGAGGUGCAAGUCAUGUACCAGACGCUCAAGCGCCUCGACGCCAACGCACCGCACGUAUACGGCCACUUUACGAACCAGCUAAGCCAGCCGAAUGGCGGACCCUCCUCGGGCAUCUCCCUCCCGCCCCUUAAUCCCCCGGGCUCGUCGGCGGGCAGGCAGCACGAGUAUGCGCCGCACCCUCAGCAUCCGUCGCAGCCUUCGCAGACGGGCGGCGCCGCUAUGCAGGGCGUGGAAUAUGCGUACGGGCAGGCGAGGUGAUGGACAUGUUCAUCAUUUGAUGACAUCUUGCCAUGGACGAUGUCGCUUAAUACUUCUGGCCCUCGACACUGUACGGCAUUCCAGUCACUCGUCAUUCGCUUAUCACUACACUACGACUAUUCUAAACUGAGGCAUCAAUCAUCAACGAGACGAGGCGGGGGACGAUACUUGCGUCUGGUAAUAGUAGUGAAGAGGUUGCAGCAGCAGCGGGCGCGCGGGGAGGAAAAACAACAGCAUGGUGUUCAUUCCGGGUUGGGCGGGGUAUGCUCGUUUGUGUCAAUCCAUCGCUGCAAUCUGUGUGCCUCUCUCGCUUCGGAGAUGGAAAUGGGAGGCUGUGAAGAGUACGAUGAGAGGGGUGGAAGAUCGAUGUGCGGCUAGAUGACGCUCUGCUGUCGAUUUUGCUGCCCCGGUUUCGUGGAAUUUGGAAGGUGAAGAAUGUUCGUUAUGUACCAAGAGGUA